AUUCCAGAGUUUUAGAGCAUACUUUAACUUUAGGGCUUUAGAGCCAAAAAAAAAAUAAAAAAAAGGAAAUUUAAAACCCUCUCCCUCUCUCUGUGCCGGUGACAUUGGUCCUCGGCAGGAGUCAUGGCGAACGACCAAGACAUGAGUGGUUGGACUGAUCUGCUGCAUUCUUCCACGAAGCUUCUCGAACAAGCUGCUCCUUCUGCUCAGUUCCCUCCCCUCCAGAGGAACUUAGAUCAAUUGGAAGCAUUAUCCAAGAAGCUCAAAUCCAAGACCCUAAGGACUGAGGCGCCUUCUCAAUCUAUAGCUGCUACAAGGCUGCUUGCACGUGAGGGGAUAAAUGCAGAGCAGCUUGCACGGGAUCUGAAGUCAUUUGAGUUGAAGACAACUUUUGAGGAUGUUUUUCCUGCGGAGGCCACAAGUGUUGAAGAGUAUCUGCAGCAGGUUCGUGAAAUGGCUAUGGUGUCUGCCAUCCAGGAAGCUCAGAAGGAUAAUCUCAAAAGUUUUAAUGAUUAUAUGAUGAAAGUUUUAGAGGAGGAUUGGCAAAAAGAAAAACGUGAUUUCCUUCAGAGUUUAAGCCGAAUUUCAACAUUACCAAGGACAAACAGGAUUGAUACCAGCAAUGUGGGUACCCGUCCAGGUCAGUCAAUGGCUUCCCAUAGUCCACAAGCAUCGUCUGGCAUAACCAGCAUGGAGAUUGUUCCUCUUGCUAGCAAGCCUAUUGUGGAGAAAAAAGCAGCAGUCUAUGCUGAAGUAGUGAAAAAUCUGAAUAAGGCAAGGGAGUGUGGAUUACCAUUCAAACCUGCUGCAGCUUUCAAGGGUGCCUAUGAAAGUUUAAAUAUAGAUGCAAGUGGUGGAAAAUCAGUUAGCAUGCGGAAGAUAUGGCACCUUGUUCAGAUGUUGAUGGAUGAAGAUACAGCAUUGCAACAGCGUGUUUCAAGAAGGAUGUCACUGAUUAUUGGUGCGAGGCGCCACCUUGAAUGGGGCCAUGAGAAGUACAUCAUGGAUACCAUACAAAGUCAUCCCGCGCAAGCUGCUCUUGGUGGUGGUGUUGGUAAUUUGCAGAGAAUCCGGGCCUUCCUUCGGAUACGGUUAAGGGAUUAUGGAGUUCUGGAUUUUGAUGCUGGUGAUGCUCGGAGGCAGCCUCCUGUUGAUACCACAUGGCAGCAGAUAUAUUUUUGCUUGAGGUCUGGGUAUUAUGAUGAAGCAAGAAAUGUUGCCCUCUCUUCCCGUGCAUCACAUCAAUUUGCUCCACUGCUCACAGAGUGGAUCAAUACUGGAGGUAUGGUGCCAGAAGAGAUUGCAACUGCUGCAUCAGAUGAAUGUGAAAGAAUGUUGAGGACUGGUGAUCGCAUAGGUCGAGCUGCAUAUGAUAAGAAAAAGUUACUGCUAUAUGCCAUCAUAUCAGGAUCCCGUAGACAUAUUGAUCGCUUGCUUAGAGAUCAACCAACUCUCUUUAGUACCAUCGAGGAUUUCUUGUGGUUUAAAUUGUCAGCUGUGCGGGACUGCCCUAGUGGAUCAACAUCCAUUGUUCUAAGUGAUGGUUUGGUACCAUACAGUUUAGACGAUUUGCAGGCAUACCUGAAUAAAUUUGAGCCAUCAUACUAUACGAAAAAUGGAAAAGAUCCUCUGGUAUAUCCUUACAUUUUGCUUUUGAGCAUCCAAUUGCUUCCGGCAGUAUUAUACAUGUCUAAGGAAACAGGAGAUGAAGGAUUUAACAUUGAUGCUGCCCACGUAUCAAUUGUGCUGGCUGAUCAUGGGGUACUAUCAGAAGGUACAGUAGCUGGGCAAAAGUUGGGGGUGAUGGAUGCUUGUGCGGAAGUUUCUAGCAUAAUCAUGCAGUACGGAUCUAUGUAUUUACGUCUUGGUGAUCUCCAAAUGGCUUUAGAAUAUUAUGCUCAAGCUGCUGCUUCUGUGGGUGGUGGUCAGAUGUCAUGGACCGGUAGAGGUAGUAUUGAUCAGCAAAGGCAGAGAAGUUUGAUGCUGAAGCAACUCCUAACUGAACUUCUGUUAAGGGAUGGUGGCAUAUAUCUUUUGCUUGGUGCAAGAGGUGCAGGAGAAGAAGGUGAAUUGGGCCGUUUCGUGACUGAUACAAAAUCAAGGGAGCAAUUUUUAAUUGAGGCUGCUUGCCAAUGUGAGGAGGCUGGGAUGUUUGACAAAUCAAUAGAAAUUCAGAAGAGAGUGGGUGCCUUUUCAUCAGCGCUGGAUACCAUUAAUAAGUGCCUUUCUGAAGCUAUUUGUGCUCUUUUCCGUGGUAGAAUAGAUGGUGAGAGCAGGACUGCUGGCCUCAUUCAUUCUGGCAAUGAAAUUUUGGAUACUUACACUUACUAUCCACGUGUCAGCCCUCAAGAGAGAGAUUAUGUUUUUGCGCAGCAAACUGUGUUAAGACAACUUGAGGCAAUAUUGUCAAUUCACAAGUUGUCAAGAACAGGGAAUUAUGUGGAUGCACUAAGGGAGGUUGCUAAACUCCCAUUUCUCCCUCUAGAUCCUCGAGGUCCUGAUAUCGCUGUCGAUGUGUUUGAUAAUUUAUCUCCACAUGUACAAGCCUGUAUUCCGGAUCUUUUGAAAGUUGCUCUCACUUGUCUGGACAAUGUGACAGACACAGAUGGAUCACUUCGUGCCUUAAGGGCUAAGAUUGCCAGCUUCAUUGCAAAUAACUUGAAAAGGAACUGGCCUCGUGAUUUGUAUGAAAGAGUGGCCCAGAGCUUGUGAAAGCACUAUAACAACAUGGGAUUUUAGUUAGUUCGUUGACUUGUAGAAGGCAACAUAAUUUGUCUGAUGAAGGUUUGAUAGUGCAUGAAAUUGUAAAGUAAUAUGGGUGGCCUCUCUGCCUUUUUCCUUGUGUACACCUCAAAUAGUGGCCACCAUUCAAUUACAUACCAAGCUAUGCCUUCCCAUCCAAAUGGAAACUUUCUUUUUGCCCA